AUUUUUAAAACGCCGUCAAAAUGCAUUUACAAUUCUCGUUUCUCGUGGUGUUUUGUGUGGUAAUAGUUUGCGGACAGAGGGAAUAUUGCGAAGGACUAGAAAGAAAAUGUGAAUCGUGCCUUGGGACUUUAAACAAUAACGAUGAUCGCCAAAUGGCUUUUCUAAAUAGAGAGUGCAAAUCAAAAACCCAAAGAACCUGGGUCUGGAGAAACGUCCAUCGUUGUGAAUUCUUCAAAUUGAACUGCCUAGGAAGAGACCGACGAAUGAACUGUAGUGAUGUAGCUGCGUUGGCUGGAAUGCGACGUUCUCGAAAUUAAUUAUAAUAAUUUGAGUAUUUUCUAAAAAUUUAAAUAAAACAAUGUCUCAAAGUAUGUUUCCCAAA